AUGCCCGUCAUCUACCAACUCCCGACUGCCUGGCUGAGGAGCAAAGGACGAGCCGAGAUGAACAUUUGGAACAUGAACCAAGCGAUGAUGGCAAGUUGCAGGGAUCAAGGCUCCAGUUCGCUGAUUGCCGUGGAGUCGUAUACCGUGACAAGGAUUCGUACCGUCUCGCUGCUCUGGGCCUCGUACUGUGCUCCGCACUCUGUCCUGCAGGGAGUGGCCGUGGCGUUCAACUGCGAGGGGAGGCAGAGUUGCACGAGUACUCACUCGUAUGGUUCAAGUAUGCACUGGCCCGGGCCAACGCUGAACAUGGCCAAUGCAUUCAUUGUCUAUCCGGCAUCAAAAGACUCUGAGCGGGCUACUGCAUCGUGUACUCUUGCAGCAGGAGUAUUUUGCAGUGAUCCAUGGCGACGCAAGGGACAUGGACCUGCAGGCGAAAUUAUCCACCCCGGACAGCCCGAGCACGGAGAGUCAUGCAACACCAUUGAUGCAGCUACCGAACUACAGACAGACAGGUCUCUCGUUACUCAAAUGAAUCCGAGGAGGAUGCAGUUCACCAAGAAACACGGCCAAGGCGAUACCACUCCUGCUAAUUGCUCCGUAGGCGCAGACAGACAAAAGGCUACCAAUCGCUCUAAGCCCGUCGAACCCAUGAGCAAAGCUGAGCUCAAGCAGAAUUACGCCGCACUUCUUAGCGCUUCCCUCUCGGCGACCCUAAAAAUCCUGGGCCGACACUAG